AUGCAACUAUUCGAGGCCGCUGGCUGUGUGAACGGUGACAUUGACUAUGAGAUCAAUGUGUCCAUGAUAGAAAUCUACAACGAAAAAAUCAAAGAUCUCCUCGCACCGUCUGGGUCAUCAAGUACACCUCUGUCAAUUCGACUGGCGAAGAUGGGCGCCUAUCGAUCCCCGGCAGUAGCAGCGACUGAGCUGAAUGCGAGCUCCAGUCGGUCACAUGUGAUCGUACGAGUUGUCGUCACGACGAAGAAUAACAUAACCGGCGUUACCACUGUCGGCCGAUUAAACUUGGUUGAUUUGGCUGGAUCUGAAAGAGUUUCGCAGACGAACGCCACUGGUCAGUUGCUCCUCAAACGAAGCGACAGGCCAUUUAACAAGUCCCUUUCCGAGUUGGGUAAUGUCGUGCUGGCACUUCGACAAAAUCAGAAGCACAUUUCCAUUUCGGAACUGCCAACUUACGGAGCGAUUCUGAGGACUAGCUCUAAUGGCGAUAGCAAGACACUGGUCAUCGUCCACCUGUCACCCGAUGCAGUUCAUUGCAACGAAAGUGCGAGCAGCAUGAGUUUUUGCCGCAGACAAUCGCCGUCUCAAAUCCAACAACUUCGAACGGGACGCGCUGCUACGAAAAGGAGGUGCGACACCGGUGCUAAGUAA